AUGAAGAGACUUUCAACUUUGGUGGAUGUGUUUCUGGUUCUUGCAUUGUUCAGUUGUAGCCCAUGGACUGUGUGGGGCAGCUCUUACUGCAAUCGGAUAAACUUGAAGGAAGUGCGGCCUCACAGUGUCAGUAUUACCGAAUUUGGGGCAGUUGGCGAUGGGAUCACUCUCAAUACAAAAGCAUUUCAGAAUGCCAUCUUCUACCUAAAUUCAUUUGCAGACAAAGGUGGAGCCAAGCUUUUUGUUCCCGCUGGCCGGUGGUUAACUGGAAGCUUUGAUCUCAUCAGCCAUCUAACAUUGUGGUUGGACAGUGAUGCAGUAAUUCUUGGAUCAACGAACUCUGACGACUGGCCAGUUGUGGAGCCUCUACCAUCAUAUGGUCGAGGAAGGGAGUUGCCCGGUGGAAGGCAUAGAAGCCUCAUUUAUGGGCGUAAUUUGACUGAUGUUGUAAUAACAGGUAACAAUGGAACUAUAGAUGGUCAAGGGAGUAUCUGGUGGGACAAGUUUCGGAACAAAACAUUGGAUUAUACACGUCCUCAUUUGGUCGAGUUGAUGAAUUCAACCGGGGUUCUCAUCUCAAACGUAACUUUCUUGAACUCACCAUUUUGGACCGUUCACCCCGUAUAUUGCAGCCAUGUUACAAUUCAUAAUGUCACCAUCAUUGCUCCUCUUAGUUCACCAAAUACAGAUGGAAUUAAUCCAGAUUCUUCAGACAAUGUAUGCAUUGAAGACUGUUAUAUAAGCACUGGUGAUGAUCUGAUUUCCAUCAAAAGUGGAUGGGAUGGAUAUGGCAUUUCAUUUGGUCGACCCAGUACAAAUAUUAACAUUCGGAGGCUCACUGGGAAAACAACGAGUGCAGGGAUUGCUAUCGGAAGUGAGAUGUCUGGAGGUGUAUCAGAAGUUCAUGCAGAAGAUAUUUACAUUUUUGAUUCACAUAGUGCAAUUAGAAUAAAAACUUCCCCUGGCAGGGGUGGUUAUGUUAGAAAUGUCUACAUCUCUAACGUGAUCUUGGCUAAUGUAGAUAUUGCUAUUAGGUUCACUGGUUUAUAUGGAGAACAUCCAGAUGACAAUUAUGACCCAGAUGCUCUUCCAGUAAUUGAAAGGAUUACUAUCACGGAUGUGAUAGGGGGAAAAGUCAAACGUGCGGGCCUUAUACAGGGUAUUAAAGGUGACAACUUCGUCAAUAUUUGCCUAUCAAACAUCACACUUAAUGUGACCUCAAAAUUGCCAUGGAACUGCUCUUACGUUAAAGGAUACUCUGACCUGGUUUCACCGGAAGCUUGUGAGCCUCUCAAUGAGCGAAUAUCCCCUGAGCAUUGUUCUGACUGUUGCUAUUCACCAAACCACUUAAAGAGUUUGGGUAAUCAAAACCGGGUUGCUUGGGUUUAG